AUGCCACAUGCUUAAACCCAUACCACCAUCAAUUAGUCUUGCUAGAGAAAACAAUACUCGCACUUCUCCUCCAGUUCAGCAGCAAUGGCAAUGGCUUUCAAGAUGGCAACAACAGGCAUGUGGGUGACUGAUGAGUGCAAGAAUUCAUUCCAUCAAAUGAAAUGGAAGAGAGUUCAUAGGUACAUAGUGUUCAAGAUUGAUGAGAAGUCAAGGUUGGUCACCGUGGACAAGGUUGGUGGCCCUGGUGAGAGCUAUGAUGAUCUUGCUGCUUCAUUACCGGAUGAUGAUUGCAGAUAUGCUGUGUUUGAUUUCGAUUUUGUCACUGUUGAUAAUUGCCGGAAGAGCAAGAUCUUCUUCAUUGCAUGGGCUCCAACAGCGUCAAGAAUCAGAGCAAAAAUGCUUUAUGCAACUUCCAAGGAUGGAUUAAGGAGAGUGCUUGAAGGCAUCCACUAUGAACUCCAAGCAACCGACCCAACUGAGAUGGGGUUCGAUUUGAUUAGGGACCGAGCCAAAUAAAUAUGAUUAGGAUUAGAUAAAUUAUGUACUGCCAUCUUACCUUAUUUAAUAACUCCAGCCCGACGUGCUUUAAUUUCUUGUUGUAACUUCUCUACCUUUAUGUUUCAGAUUUUUGGCACUGAUGUAAGUUGAAGUUCUAAAUUGUAAUAACACUUACGUGUCAUGUGGGUGCUUAUAAAUUUGACGACAAGAACCUUUGGAUCCAA